AUGGAAGCCGCUGCCAAGAGGUUCUUCUCCUUGCCCUAUUUUGCCGUGACUGGCGCAAGUCAAGACAAGAGUAAAUUCGGCUAUCGGCUACUCGCGUGGUAUCAUCAACACACGUUGCCCGUGACGCCCAUCAACCCGACGCGUCCAUCAAUAUCCUUGCCAUCGAAGACGUACGACACCGUCUCGUCGGUCUCGGCACUACCUCACCCGGAUCAGACAGCGUUGUCAUUCGUCACGCCACCAGCGAUUACCAGACGUACGCUUCGGGAAGCAAAAGAUGCCGGCGUCAAAGCCGUGUGGUUCCAGCCAGGCAGCUUCGAGGAUGAGGAUUUGAAGUAUGCCAAGGAGAAUUUCGAGUUCGCGAUCGGAGGAUUUGAGGAUGGGACUGUUGGAGGAGAGGGCUGGUGUGUUUUGGUUGACGGCGAAAACGCGCUACGAGGAGCGGGCAAGAAAAUCGUGAAGCAGAAGUUGUAA